AUGUGUUUGAUUGUGGGUGAUCCUCUUAUUCAAAGUCAGAAUAAAAGAGGUCAAGUGUACAAAUGUGAUGUUAAUCAAGGAAGUUGUUCACCAAUAACAAUAAAUGUGCCCCCCGAGGCUGUCAACAUGUCUCUUGGACUUUCAAUGACUAAAGAUCCACAGACUUCAAAUACAGUGGUUUGUGGCCCAACCAUUCCCAAGGACUGUAAGCAAUUUACUGCAUACAAUGGCAUGUGUUUUACACUGAAUUCCAACAAUUUUCCAUCAGAACCUAUACCCAAACAAUUAAGAGAUUGCCCAUUACCAACAGACAUUGCUUUUUUGAUGGAUGGUUCUUACAGUGUACUUGAUAAGGAAUUUUCAGAAAUGAAGGAUUUGGUUAUAAGCAUGGUUAACGGAUUAAAGGACAGGGACUUUCAGUUUGCAGUUGCACAGUUUUCUACUAAUUGUAAAAUACACAUCAAAUUUAACACCUUUUCAAGCACAGAUCAAAUACAAAAAAUCAAACUUAAAGGAUUGACCAAAACCGCCGCUGCUAUCAAGACAGUUGUGGAAGACGUAUUUAACAUUCAGGCAGGAGCCAGAGAAAACGCUAACAGAGUGUUGUUGGUCAUCACUGAUGGUGAAUCACAAGAUGGGAAUCUGCUAGGAAAUGCAACUUGGCUUGCAGAUCAGAAGAAAAUUAUUCGCUAUGCUAUAGGGGUCGGCAGUGCCUUUAAAAAACAAUCAGCAGAGAAUGAGUUGAAAACUAUUGCAUCGGAUCCAGUUAAUAAACAUGUAUUUAAAGUGAAUGACUUUUCUGUACUGAAGGAAAUUCGAGACACACUAGAAGAGACUAUCAUUGCAAUUGAAGGAACUGAGACUACAGGAGAAUCUGCCAAGCUACAAUUUGCACAGGAUGGCUUCAGUGCAGAUUUUUCCACAAAUGGUCAAAUAAUAAUGGGUGCAGUUGGAGCCUUUCAGUGGAAAGGUGGUUAUCAGUUGUACAACUUUGGAGCACCUUCAGGAUCCUUUAAUAUGGGUGACAAUGAUGACAGUUAUUUAGGUUAUUCCAUGACAGUAGCAAAUGUAACACAGAAUAACUACAUUAUUCAGGGAGCUCCAAGACAUAAUCACAUGGGCAAAGUGAUCAUAUCAGACACUACAGGCACCGUUCAUUCACUGGAUUCUCCUGAGCCUCAAAUUGGUGCCUAUUAUGGUGCUGAGUUAUGUGUGGUGGACUUGGAUUCAAACACAUUGUCCGACCUUCUACUUGUUUCUGCUCCACUGCAAAUUGAGGGGGAUCAGGAAGGAAAGGUUUUUGUCUACACCUUUAUGCAAUCCCAGGUAAUAUACAUACAGGUACUAAAAGGAAUUCCAGGAAAAAGAGGAAGGUUUGGCAUGACUUUGGCCAGCCCUGCAGAUCUAAACAGGGAUGGUAAGAUGGAUAUAGUGGUAGGAGCUCCUCUAGAGGACCAUGGCCAGGGCAGCAUCUACAUCUUUAAUGGAAGAAAUGCAGAUAUUGCCCCCACCCAUUCACAGAGAAUCAGUGGCUCGUCUGUACGCUCCGGGCUGCAAUAUUUUGGUAUUUCUCUGAGUCAGUCCUCUCUGGACCACAGUCAAGACCAGCUGCCAGAUCUCGCUGUCGGUUCCAAAGGAGCAGUCACACUUUUAAGAUCGAGACCCAUCGUGGAUUUGCAGAACACCCUAACCUACAACCCGUCCAAAAUCCCCACCAGAGACACUAACUGCACCAGUCCUUUGAGAAACACCCUAAAAUUGUGUUUCACCAUGGAUAGAUUAAAAAAUGAUCCCCAAUCAGACUUGAAUGCAAAUAUAAACUAUACCAUAAAACUUGAUGCCAAACGACAAAGCUACCGGGCCUACUUUUCAGAGAAAAUCCGUGAUCUCUCUCGCAUGAUAUCUGUGUCGCUGCAGGAAAAGUGCGAUGAACAUGCACUCAGUUAUACAGGAAUGUUUGUCUUCACACAAUGUAUGAUUGUUGUUAUUUCUCUUUAUUUAGACUUGAAUGCAAAUAUAAACUAUACCAUAAAACUUGAUGCCAAACGACAAAGCUACCGGGCCUACUUUUCAGAGAAAAUCCGUGAUCUCUCUCGUAUGAUAUCUGUGUCGCUGCAGGAAAAGUGCGAUGAACAUAAUUUUUCUAUAGAGGCCUGCCCUAAUGAUGCACUAAACCCAAUAAUUACUGAGUUAGUGUAUACAUUUGAGGGUCUCCCUAGUCAAAAAUUAGGCAAUUUACGUCCAAUGCUCCCUCCUACCGUAAAGUACACAGCGGAUUAUAAUCUGGAUUUUGAAAUAAACUGCGGAACCGAUAAUGUCUGCAUCGAUAAUCUCAAAGUGGAUUUUAACUUUUCUGGACACUCAGUUAUACAGGUUGGAAUAAUGCAGGAGAUGAAUGUGACAGUUUUCAUACAGAACAGAGGGGAAAACUCCUAUAACAGUCGAGUCGUUCUCAAAUACCCAUUCGGACUUUCCUUCAGACGAUUCACCACUAAACAGGGCAGAUUGGAGUGUGUAUCUGUGGACAGUGAUGAAAAAGCUGUCUUGGGGGAGACUACUUGUUACAUCAGUAAACCCAUCUUCAAAAAAAAUGAUUUGGCUGUAUUUGACAUUACGUAUACCAUAAACAAAGACAGUAACUUCGAAGGAAAAAUGACGUUUAACGCAACUGCUUCCAGUGACAAUGACGAGCAUGAACAGGAUAAUGAAUUGUUCAAAGAAGAAUCCAUUGAUGUUAAAUAUGCCAUCUACGUCGCACUGAUCAGGCACCAGAAUUCCACCAUCCACAUAAACUUAACUGCAGGGAAAAAUGACCUCCAGAAACCGAUCCAACAAAUAUUAAAGGUGGAGAAUGACCUCAGGGAUUUGAAUUUGGACAUUUUCAUGCGAGUGCCUGUAAAAUUAGGAGAUAAGGACAUCUGGACUGAUACUGUGCAGAUUCCUGGCUGCAAUCUAGACAGACAUGAGAUACCAAAUAUCAAGGAUUUUGUGUUAGCACUGCAAAAACCCAAUUGCUCUAUAGCCGUAUGUGCAGUCUUUAAAUGUGCUGCACGUCUCACUAGAAGGCAGCCGAAAUUCUACAACAUCUUUGGUAAUGUCAGCUCUGGGUGGAUCGAACAGACCGGUUUGCGAUCAGCAGUUUUCAUGCUCACCUCUACAGCAACAAUGGACUACAACAGAACAGCAUACAUUUACUUUGCCUCUGAUUCUGUAAACACUGAACCUACUGGCAAGAUUGAUACCCAGGUGGAGGUGUAUGAAGAGAAAUUCCCUCUUAAGGAGACAAUUGGAGGUGUCAUAGGAGGGCUUGUGCUUUUGGCUCUAAUUGCUGCUGGUCUCUACAAGGCCGGGUUCUUCAAAAGCAACUAUAAGAAGAUGUUGGAGGAAGCCGGAGCAGGGGCUGAGGGAACCGAAAAUGGCGCAGAGGCACCAACUAAAGAUUGAUGGCUUUGCUCUACAUUUCAGAGCCAUAUUUAAUUUCAUCUGUAGUUUAGCUUGUUAGAGUCAGGUCUCUCUGUAAUUCUAAAGAGAGGACACGGUGAUAGUAAUUUGAUGAAUAUUAGCAUUAGCAUUAGCUGUCUUUUUUAGCUCCUGCAAAUUUAGGCAAUGUUUGGACAGGCUUACAAAUACAGUGUGAAGUUUGUGGUUACCAGCAUUCAUGUUUGAUUUUUAUUUGCUGUAAACCUUAAAGUUACCUUCUCUACCUUUUUUUUUGUCAGGUUCCCCUCUGGGACAUCCCUCUCUCUCAAUGCAAAGAAGAAGUCAAUAUUUGCAGCGGGAAAUUCGUAAUUUUAUGAUAGAGAUUGGAGACACCAACAUGUUCUCCGGGACAUACACCAGAAAUAUUCACAAGGCACAAGAUUUUAUACUUGAAAAAUGUGUUUUACAUUGAGACCACAAGAAAACUAGAUCAUGAUCUCAAAAAAAUAAUAACUUUUUUUAUGUCGAGAAAACAAAACUUGUGUUGUUGUGAGAUCACGAGGGAAAAAAAAAAUAUUAUGUUGAGAAAAAAAAGUCAUGAUAAGUAGAAAACAAAAAUUAAGAUGUGAUCAUGAGAAAACAACAUUUAUGUCGAGAUCAUGAGAAAAUUGUUGUGAUAACGAGCAAUAAUGUUCAAUAUGCAGAGAAAAUAAAGUCGGGAUCGCAAAAAAACAAAAACGCAAAAAUCUUCCAAUGCAUGGCCUCCGUAUCAUACAGACAUAUUUGUAUUAUUGUAUUUGUUAUAAUGCUGACUAUUUCUUAAGAAAUCUAAUGAUAUAUAAAUGUAUUGUGUUGUUUAGGCAUGUUAAAGAUGUAGCCUAGUGUGUCUUGAUGGAAAUAUAUACACGCUUUUUAUUUGAAAUGAUGAUAGAAGUU